AUGGAUUCAAUAGACAUUCAAUGGCAAAAACAAUCCUCUGGUGACAUUUAUACUUUAUCUAGUGGACAAUACUUACAGCAACCAUCGAUUCUCAAACUAGAUAAUCAAGAGAUAAAACCUAAGAAAAAAAAGGUUCAGUUCAAGUUCCGUACAUCCACCCCUAAAACUCAAGCAUUUGAAAAUACACAACAUAAUCAUUCAAAAAUUUUUGAAGAUCAUGAUUAUACUUCAUCAUCAACAAAUAUCCUCAAUGACGAACUGCUAGAAACCUAUGGUAAACAAACGUCUAGUACCCGAUCAAAGAUUCUGACAAUUAUUAUUGUACUAUUUAUUAUUAUAACUGUAGGUAUUGUUGUCGGUAUAGUAGUCGGUGUUACCAAGUCUAAACAAAGUAUAUCAGAAACAACAACAAUAAAUAAUCAAACUUCAUUAUCAACAACAACCUUAGUCAGUAGUAUUAGUAUAGGAAAUCAAAGUGGACCACCUUGUUCAUCGUAUACAACAAUUAAUGAUCCAUCACGAAAUGUUGCUCAGACUUCUUCAUAUGGUUUUUGUGAUAAUGGAGCCCCAUUCAAUACAAAUAAUGGUGGUUCUUGGAUACGAUUUAUUGGUACUGGGGGUACUAUGAUUCCAUUAACACCGCCCGGUUUAAACCACUGUGGUGGUUAUGUAGGAGGGUGGUUCAAUGAUACACUACCAACAACAGUGGGAACUGUAGUUAACGGAACUGUAUGCUUCACAAUGAAUGAAAAUUCUUGUCCUUUCCAGAUCUCUGUGUUCGUAAUUAACUGUAGUGGUGGCUUCUAUGUUUACUUUCUACCACCUACACCUGUUUGCAAUGCACGCUAUUGUACAACAUGA